GGUUUUCUAGGGUUUUUCUCUAUCGCCUUCCUCAUUUUCCUGCAACUAAAAUCUUCUCUUCACACACCUUCAGAUAGCUGCGCAAAAAUGGUGAAGGGACGUCAAGGUGAGCGUGUUAGGCUCUAUGUCAGAGGUUCAAUCCUAGGAUACAAGAGGUCGAAAUCGAACCAGUACCCAAACACAUCCUUAGUACAGAUCGAAGGAGUGAACACACAAGAAGAAGUAGCAUGGUAUUUGGGAAAGAGGAUUGCUUACAUCUACAAGGCUGAAACUAAGAAGAAUGGAUCCCACUACCGUUGCAUUUGGGGUAAGGUUUGCAGGCCUCAUGGUAACAGUGGUGUUGUUCGGGCUAAGUUCACUUCCAACCUUCCCCCUAAAUCUAUGGGAGACAAGGUUAGAGUUAUGAUGUAUCCCAGCAACAUCUAAGAAGAAGAAAGUUGGAGAUGCAAGAUGGUGAAGUGAGGAAUUAUUGGACUAGAGCUGUUCACUGGAGUUUCAUGCCGAACCAUUUUCUAUUUUAUCUAGUUUGUAGUAAGAUAGUUUUUUGUUUGAGUCAACAUUUUUGUGUUAGGAUGAUUCAUUUGGUUCUGAAACAUACCGCUGGUUUUGUUCAAUGGCGAAAGAGUUAUUGCCCCAAGUUAAUGGUGUUUUUCUGUUUGUUCUCAAAUGCUUGAUUGUUUAUCUGAUGGAGGGAACUUUGUGUUGGUAUCACCCAAUGAAUUGCAUUGUUGUAGUUGUCUAA